AUACAUGCAUGCAUUCCAGAGACCAGAUAAAUCUGAUAUGUGCUGACAACUUCACCCUUCUCCUCCCUUCACUCACUGGGCUCGGCCCUUCUUCUUCUUCUUCUUCUUCUUUAGAGAGUAGAGAGUUCCUCCUUCCUCAGUCAGGCAUUUGAGCAAUGUGAGUAGUCUGAUCUGUGCGUGCAUGUGUGUAUUACUUAUAAAAGAAGAAGAAGAAGAAGAAGAAGAAAGAAGAAAUUCAGAUGAAGAUGACUGGCAAGAAGACACUGCUGCUAGCUGCAUUGUCUCUGUAUGUUUUGCUGCUGGUCGGAGACGGCUUUGCUCUCUCCUCUGCUACUGAUGACGCUGCCGCCGCCAGAGCCAACUUUACUGUUGGUGGUGAAGUCUUUGUCCAUAAGAAAGAUGCAUAUGGGUAUCCCCCUCCUCCUCCCCCUCCCCCAGCUUACGGUUAUCCAACUCCUCCACCACAACGCUCCAAACCUCCAUCCCGGCAUCAUCCUCCACCGCCACCACCUUCCCCGCGGCAUUAUCCGCCUCCAUCAACUCCUCGAUGUCGGCCACCACCCCGCUACCCACCACCGCCUUCUCGAGCCAAACCACCUUCUCUUAGGCAUCCCCCACCGCCACCUCCUCAUCACCGACCUCCAUCACCACCCUCCUACCACUACCCUCCGCCACCCUCACAUAGGCAUCCACCACCACCUUCGCGAGCUAAACCACCCAAACUAAAGCAUCCACCGCCGCCACCCCGUCGCCAACCUACACCUCCUCCGCAAUAUCCAUCACCACCUCCAUAUCGCUACCCCUCGCCACCCCCAUGCACAUGGAGGCACCCACCGCCACCUUCCCGAGCCAAACCACCAUCACUUAGGCAUCCACCGCCACCACCUCCGUCCCCGCGUCCAUCCCCACCCCCGUACCAGUACCCACCACCACCCUCGCGACCCCCAUCACCACCUCCUUCUCAAGGGAAACCACCCUCGCUUAGGCACCCGCCACCACCACCACCUUGGCACCGACCUCCACCUCCUUCCCCGCACCCAUCCCCACCCCCGUACGAGUACCGACCACCACCCUCACGAACCCCAUCCCCACCACCCUCUCAAGGCAAACCGCCCUCGCUUAGGCACCCACCACCACCGCCACCUCGUCACCGACCUCCACCUCCUUCCCAGCGCCCAUCCCCACCCCCGUACCAGUACCGACCACCACCCUCGCGACCCCCAUCCCCACCACCUUCUCAAGGCAAACCACCCUCGCUUAGGCAUCCACCACCACCACCACCUCGUCACCGACCUCCACCUCCUUCCUCGCACCCAUCCCCACCCCCCUACCAGUACCAACCACCGCCCUUACGGCCCCCUUCACGAGCCAAAGCCCCCUCCCUUAGGCAUCCGCCGCCACCACCACCACCUCCUCGUCCUCGUCCCCGACCUCCACCUCCCUCCCCCUGCCCAUCACCACCCCCAUACCAAUACCAACCACCACCCUUACGACCCCCGUCACCACCACCUUCUCGAGGCAAACCACCCUCAGUAAGGCGUCCACCUCCUCCCAUUCGCCGACCUCCACCACCACGGCGGCUAUCACCACCUCCUCCCUCACCUCCCCCUCCUCGUGCAACUCCACCUCGUCCAACGUAUCAACCACCGCCAAGCUACCCAUCACCGCCGCCUCCUGCGCCACCACAAUAUGGGAUACCACCGCCCCCGUAUGCGAAGUAGCAUGUCAUUGAUAUUGAGCCUGGAGAGUUGCAAAAUUAAGGUCGCAAAAAUCUAGUCUGUGUAUUGUUGACCGGCAGUGUUGUAUGUUCUGUUCUCCUUCCCUUCUUUUUUCUUCUAAAAAAAAAAAUGAGUGUGUUAAUAGUGACGCUUCGCUAGGAACGACAAAUAAUAAUAAUAUGCUAGCCAGCUUUGUGUGUUGAAUGAACGUUCCACUCCUCGCUCGUUUAGAUAUUAUGAAAAUAAAAUAUUUAUGCUCA